CGCGAAGGACUUGAUUCGAUGGAAAUGGAUUGAUGAUUGUGCCAACAGCCAAAAAUGGAUCAUCCAAUGUGUGCAUACAUUCUUCACCAUCAUUCACGUUUGCUGGCUUGAUUUCGAUUUCAUUUGCUGAAAAGAAAUAGAGCAACAGCAACUGGAUCGAUUUCUGCUGCACAUUGGGUAUUCUUCUAAAUACCCUUCUUUGGACAGGUUUUGGAAGUUUAUUCUCUUCCAUCAACCUCACUCAAAAUCACAUCUUCUCAUUUCCUUUUUCCCUUCAACUCCCUAAACCCAGAAAAACACAUACAAAUCAUCCAAAGCGAAAGUACUUUCACUCCAAAUCAUCAGCAUGUCAAGCCUUGCUGACAAUGGCGGUGUCUCGCCAGAUAGUGAAAGUGGUCGUAAAAAGUCGGAGGAAUUAACGAUUGAUAUUCCAACGGCUAACUCUGGCGGUCAAACAGCCACUCUUUUACAGCAAAGAAAGAAGAGUAAUACAAGUUCAAAAAAUGCUGGAUCGCAAACAUUGCCUCGUUCUAGACCUUCUCAAAGCAAUUCUGAGAAAAGACAAUCGUUCCAUGGUCGUGAUUCGUUAAACCAAUAUAGACCCGAAUAUCAUGACCCUAAAUCUCCUUAUAUCAACCCAAAUCACUAUUCCGCAAGACCUGAUACUUAUCAUCGCAAAUCCAUGUCUUGGAUCAGCAAUCACAAUUCCGACGUACCCACUACGCCAACUGGAACAAAUGGAAGUACUGCCACCCAAACAGGUGGUGCAGGAUUCCAUGAUUCAUUCGAUAGUGCCGAUGAAGAAGCAAAUGGUCACCAUCGUGGUCCAACGGCUUUUGCUGAUCAAGGUAUCGAUUAUCACACUUCGCAAAGUCGCAAUAGCACCAAAGAAGAAGCCCGUUUAGAAGAAGAUUUGCAUAAGCAACGUUAUUGGCGAAGAUGGGGAUGUUACGUUAGUGAACGUCAAUGGGCAACCGUUCGUGAGGACUACAGUGAGAACGGUGAUCCAUGGACCCAUUUCAACCACGAAACAGCUCGUAGCAGAACGUUCCGCUGGGGUGAAGAUGGUAUUGCAGGUGUAAGUGAUAAUCACUGCAGACUUGCAUUCAGUUUGGCAUUUUGGAACGGAAAGGAUCGUAUGUUGAAAGAGCGAAUGUUUGGUUUGGCCAACAAUCAAGGUAACCACGGUGAAGAUGUCAAGGAACUUUAUUGGUACUUGGACAACACACCCACGCACAGCUAUAUGAAGAUGCUAUACAAGUACCCUCAACAAUCCUAUCCAUACGAACAGCUCGUUCGUGAAUCUCAAAUGCGAAGCCGUGAUGUGGCUGAAUUUGAGAUCACAGAUACAGAUCUGUUUGAUGAGAACAAAUAUUGGGACAUCUUUAUCGAGUAUGCAAAAGAUUCGGAUAAUGAAAAUUCAGUUUCUUGUCGUAUCAGCGCUUACAACCGUGGUCCUGAAGAAGCAGACCUGCACAUCAUCCCUCAAAUGUUCUUCCGCAAUUCAUGGUCAUGGCCAAAAGCCGAACCUCCAAAGCCCAAUAUGAAACAAAAGGACGAUAUGACAGUUGAGGCAAAUCAUCCUGAAUUGGGUACUUAUUAUCUCUACUGUCCAUCCAGUCCCGCUCCUAGCGCUCCACCACGCAAACGUGGUGCAGCACCAGAACUGAUCUCUGAUGAAGAAAUUUUACCAAAGUUCAUGUUCACCGAAAAUGAGACCAACUUUGAAAGAUUGUACGGCGGACGCAACAAAUCGUACGCCAAGGAUGCCUUCCAUGACCAUAUCAUCCCUCAUCAUCGUCUCGAGAAAGAUCAACCUGAACCUGUACGUAAGACUCGCAGUGUAACAAAGACGAGAAAGGUCGUCAAGCCAAUCAAAAAGGUUGUCAAAAAGUCUUCUUUGCCCAACAGAAAAGCACCUGGAAGUUUGCCAAAUGGUAUCGCGGAAGAGAACAACAAGGCAAGCUUACAAAACGGCGAUGCAGGAGCAGACAGUGACGGUGAAGAUGUAGAGAUUGAUGAUACGGAAGAGGUUUCAGAGGAUUAUGAGGAAGAAGAAGUAUACUUUGAUGCUCCAAGUGAUUCAUCACCUAGACGACAAUAUAUCAACCCAAACAACGAAGGUACAAAGAUGGGCGCUCAUUACGUCUUUGAAAAGGUACCUGCAAAUGGCGGUUGCGCUGUUGUGCGUAUCAAGUUGACCACCAAUGAAGCAUCAGAAGAUGUUACUGUGAAUGAUGAUGAGCAAUUUGACGCUCUUGUUGAAUCUCGUCGUUUCGAAGCUGAUGAAUUCUAUCAUCGUAUCGCUCAAGGUCAUUUGCCAGAUGAUAUGCGCUCUAUCAUGCGUCAAGGUUACGCAGGUAUGUUGUGGAACAAGCAAUUCUAUUGUUUCAUUCAACCAGAGUGGAUUUCCGGCGAUGAAGGUCAACCACCUCCACCGCCAUCAAGAAAGCAUGUGCGUAAUAAGGAUUGGCGUCAUUUACACAUGGAAGAUAUUCUCUCCAUGCCCGACAAAUGGGAAUAUCCAUUCCCUUGCGUUUGGGAUACUGCGUUCCACUGUAUCCCUUUGGCGGUUGUCGAUCCAACAUAUGCAAAGAAGCAACUCGAUUUGUUCACCCGUGAAUGGUACAUGAAACCAGAUGGUGCACUCCCUGCGUACGAAUGGAACUUUGGCGAUGUCAAUCCCCCUGUGCAUGCUUGGGCCACUUUCCGUACCUUCAAGAUUGAACGUAAGGUGUACGGCAGAGAAGAUUUGGAUUUCCUCGAACGUGUUUUCCAAAAGCUCUUGAUCAAUUUCACUUGGUGGGUGAACCGUAAAGAUUCUGAAGGAUCCAAUGUGUUCGAAGGAGGUUUCUUGGGAUUAGAUAACAUCGGUCCUUUCAACCGUUCUGAACCUUUGCCUACCGGAGGUGUAUUACGUCAAGCUGACGGAACUUCUUGGAUGAGUUUCUAUGCCUUACAAAUGCUCAAUAUGGCAUUGGAAUUGGCAAAGCAUAAUCCAACUUAUGAAGAUAUCGCAUCAAAGUUCUUUGAACAUUUCAUCUUUAUUGCCGAUGCAAUGACGUACAAGAAUGCCGAUGAAGAAUCUUUCUCGCUUUGGUCAGAAGAGGAGAAGUUCUACUUUGACGCAAUCGUUUUGGGACCAGGUAAAAGUGAUUUGAUCAACGUCAAGAGUUUGGUCGGUUUGAUUGCACUUUACCCAACCUUAACUUUGGAGCCAAAUGUUUUCAAAAAGUUCCCUUCGUUUGGUAAACGUGUCAAAUGGUUCCUUGACAAUCGUCCAGAGAUUAGUAAGCGUAACAUUCAAAUCACAGGUGGUCGUCAAAAUCGUCGAUUGUUAUCCAUGGUGGAUGCUGAUCGUUUACGAUCAAUUUUGACAAGAAUGUUGAAUGAGACUGAAUUCUUAUCCACUUAUGGUAUCCGCAGUUUGUCAAAAGAACAUCAAGAUAAGCCUUGGAGUAUCAAUGUCAAUGGAGAGCAAUUCUCUGUGGGAUAUUGGCCAGGUGAUAGUCGUUCGCCCAUGUUUGGUGGUAACAGUAAUUGGCGUGGACCAAUUUGGAUUGCAGUAAACUUUUUAUUGAUCGAAAGUUUGCAAAGAUUCUAUCAAUUCUAUGGAAACAGCUUCACGAUCGAAUGCCCAACAGGAUCUGGCAAUAUGAUGCAUCUUGCACAAGUGGCUGAGGAAAUCAGCGCAAGAUUGAUUUCGAUCUUUGAAAUGGAUCCCAUUCAACAAAGACGACCAUGCAAUGCCGGUAUUCCAAUCUUGGAUCACGAUCCAAAUUUCCGUGAUUUGGUACCUUUCCAUGAAUUCUUCCAUGGUGAAUCAGGUGCCGGUUUAGGCGCAAGUCAUCAAUGUGGUUGGACUGGUUUGAUCAGUUAUUUGAUCUGCACAACCGGAUUCAACGUUAAAACUCCCCGUACACCUAGAUCAAUGGCCGCUCAUUACUUUGACGAACAUAUGACUGAUGACGGUAAAUCUGAAGCAGGCUCAGCUACAACGUUUUCUGCAGCCUAUUCAAGACCUCCUUCUCCUGAUGAAUUGUGAUCGGCACAAAUUCAAAACGGAGGAGAGACUUUCUCUCUUUUCUCAUGUUCCCGUUUUUCCCUUGUUCAAGUGUGAUCUAUAUCUGUCAUCUUCAUCCGUAUUUAUCAAAGAGUAGAUUUUCUUUUGCUUUAGUCUUUUAUUCUCUAGAUUUUCGUGUAACCUGUUUCCCUUUAUACACACACUAUCUCUAUCUCUUUUCUCAUAGCAUCACAUUUCACAUACAUCACAUGAAUACAAUUGCUUGGCCACCUAG